AAUUGAAUGUGAAGGUGGAGAGUAGAGUAGAGAGUUUGAGUUCACCAACUCCAUCCCAUCCCACCAAACUUCCAAUAGCUACCUACCUUUUCAUUCUCAAUUCUCAAUUCUCAUAUACACACUAACCCUCUCUCUCUCUCUCUUCACUCUGCAAUUUCCAUAUGGAGGCCAACGGAGCCACAUGUCGAAUCCCUUUGCAGGACCAAUCCCUCGCCUUCUCUCGCCGACCCCUCUCAUUCCUUCUCAAACCACGUGCACCAACCACAAUGACGCUCAAGGCUUCGCACUCUGACUUCCAACUUGACCUCUCCCUCAGUCCACGUGUCAACGCCGUCAAGCCUUCCAAAACCGUCGCCAUCAGCGACCUCGCCACCGCUCUCGUCCAGGCCGGCGUUCCCGUCAUUCGCCUCGCCGCCGGCGAGCCCGAUUUCGACACCCCCGCUCCCAUCGCCGAGGCUGGGAUUAAUGCAAUUCGCGAAGGUUACACCAGGUAUACGCCCAAUGCCGGAACCAUGGAAUUGCGCCAAGCCAUUUGUACGAAGCUCAAAGAGGAGAAUGGAAUUACUUAUACUCCGGACCAGGUUGUGGUUAGUAAUGGAGCUAAACAGAGUCUUGCUCAGGCAGUGCUUGCAGUUUGCUCCCCUGGAGAUGAAGUCAUUAUUCCAGCUCCAUUCUGGGUUAGUUACCCAGAAAUGGCAAGGUUGGCUGAUGCAACACCUGUGAUUCUUCCUACCUCAAUAUCUGAUAAUUUCCUUCUGGAUCCCAAACUCCUUGAAUCCAAAAUUACCGAAAAAUCGAGACUGCUUAUUCUUUGCUCACCGUCUAACCCAACAGGAUCUGUCUACCCUAAAGAAUUACUUGAAGAGAUAGCCCGGAUUGUUGCAAAGAACCCAAGGCUUCUGGUUAUCUCUGAUGAAAUUUAUGAACACAUAAUUUAUGCACCAGCAACUCACACAAGCUUUGCAUCUUUACCGGGAAUGUGGAACAGAACUCUAACUGUGAAUGGAUUUUCUAAGGCCUUUGCAAUGACUGGUUGGAGGCUUGGAUAUAUUGCUGGUCCCAAACAUUUUGUUGCUGCAUGCGGAAAGAUCCAAAGUCAGUUCACUUCAGGGGCAAGUAGUAUAGCUCAGAAAGCUGCCGUUGCUGCAUUAGGACUGGGCUAUGCUGGUGGGGAGCCAGUUUCUACCAUGGUGAAAGCAUUUAGGGAGCGAAGGGAUUUCUUGGUAAAAAGUUUUAGAGAAAUAGAUGGUGUCAAGAUAUCUGAACCCCAGGGAGCAUUUUAUCUAUUCCUUGAUUUUAGCUUCUAUUAUGGAAGAGAAGCUGAAGGAUUCGGUAAAAUUGAGGAUUCUGAGACCCUCUGUCGAUAUCUACUGGAUGUGGGCCAGGUAGCCCUGGUGCCAGGGAGUGCAUUUGGAGAUGACACUUGCGUCCGCAUCUCUUAUGCCGAAUCCCUUACUACCCUACAGGCAGCUGUAGAAAGAAUUAAAAAAGCACUUGCCCCGUUAAGCUCUGCUGCACUUGUUUAAUAUUUUGAUGAUUUUGUGUAUUUUAUUUUAAUUUUAAUGUUGGUAAGUGUGUAUCGUGUUUAUUCUGAAAAUAAUAGGAUGCGAGUACUUUUCCACUAAUGAAUUGAUGCAACCGUCUCAUCAAUGGUUUGAAAUUAUAAUAAAUUGCCCCCUUUUUGUUACGUGAUA